AUGCUUGUAGAUGAGCAUAUAACAUUUAAUUCUUUUAUUGUACGUAAAAUCUAUCUAUCUAUCUAUCUAUCUAUCUAUCUAUCUAUCUAUCUAUCUAUUCGGUUCAUAACUAUCUAUCUAUCUAUCUAUCUAUCUAUCUAUCUAUCUAUCUAUCUAAGUAUAUUCGUAUCUGUCAAUGUAAGUCUAUUCAUAUCUAUCUAUCUAUCUAUCUAUCUAUCUAUCUAUCUAUCUAUCUAUCUAUCUAAGUAUAUUCUUAUCUGUCCUAUUCAUUUACCGUUUACUAACUUCACUUUCAUUACGCAUCACCUCCCCAAUUCUUCUGUACUCUCCCCCAUCAAUAUCUUCAUCCUUCUCUACCACCUCCCCAAUUACCAUUUCUUAGACUGUUCGCUGGACGCCUUAUUGACACCUUUCUAUAAUGGUAUUAAUCCUUUAUUACCCGCCUAUCUAUCUAUCUAUCUAUCUAUCUAUCUAUCUAUCUAUCUAAGUCUGUUCCUUCCUUCCUUCCGUCCUAUCUAUCUAUCUAUCUAUCUAUCUAUCUAUCUAUCUAUCUAUCUAUCUAUCUCAGUCUGUUCCUUCCUAUCUAUCUACCUAUCUAUCUAUCUAUCAAAUCUGUUAUGGGGGUAG